UAGUGGGAGUGGGAGUGAGAAAGCCCACCCGGAUCUGGUUACAGGAGUGUUACUUUGUGGGAAGGGGAGAGGGAUUGAGGGAAGUUUUCAAUCCUGGGAUUCAGACGCCAUUAUAACCCAAGGACUGCCCUCUUCUUUCUCCGCACCGACCACCACAAAGAAGGAUUUCUCUCCUAGGGGGAAAAUGUAUGCACAUAUCGCACACUGUUGCUAAUUUCUUCAGGAAAUAAAGUCCAAAACCGGCUUCUACCAUGUUCUCACGGGACGGUGAGAGUCUGAAGCAUCUCUGUCGAGGUGCAUAACAACCUACCAUGAUGAACAGCAGCAGAAAUGGCACAGAGGUGGAGGGUUUGGGUGCCAGUGGGACCAUGGUGCUCGAGUCGGCCUCAAUCAUAUUUAUUGCUUUGCUCAUCUGCUUUGGAAAUCUCCUGAUUGUUGUGACACUUUAUAAGAAGCCCUACCUGCUGACCCCCAGCAACAAGUUUGUGUUUAGCCUGACCUUGUCCAACCUUUUGCUGUCAGUGCUCACUCUCCCUUUUGUGAUAGUUAGUUCGCUGCAGCGAGAAUGGAUGUUUGGGGUCGUGUGGUGCAACUUCACGGCUUUGCUUUAUCUGCUUGUUAGCUCAGCAAGCAUGCUUACGCUAGGAGCCAUUGCCAUUGACAGGUAUUAUGCUGUAUUGUAUCCAAUGAUCUACCCCAUGAAGAUCACAGGAAAUCGGGCCACAGUUGCUAUUGUUUACAUUUGGCUUCACUCUUUAUUAGGCUGCCUGCCGCCACUCUUUGGUUGGUCAGCGUUUGAGUUUGAUAACUACAAGUGGACCUGCACAGCAGCUUGGUACAAGGAAGUUGGCUAUACAUCUUUUUGGGUCAUUUGGUGCUGCUUGCUUCCCCUGGUUGCUAUGCUUGUGUGCUACAGUGUUAUUUUCCGUGUAGCUCGUAUCAAAGCCCGUAAGGUGUAUUGUGGGACUGUGGUGGUUGCCCAGGAGGAGUCUGGCGCGCAAAAGAAUGGUCGCAAGAACUCUAACACCUCCACCUCAUCUAACAGCAGCCGCAAGAGCCUUAUUUACUCAGGCAACCAGUGCAAAGCUUUCAUUACCAUCUUGGUAGUGAUGGGGACAUUCUUGGUCACCUGGGGGCCCUAUGUGGUAGUUAUCGGAACUGAGGCAUUGUGGGGAAAAGGGAGUGUUUCUCCGCAGCUGGAGACUCUAGCAUCCUGGCUAUCUUUUACCAGUGCAGCAUGCCACCCAUUAAUCUAUGGACUGUGGAACAAAACUGUGCGAAAGGAACUGCUGGGCAUGUGCUUUGGAGACCGUUACUACAGAGAGUCAUUCGUCACACGUCACAGGACGUCACGACUCUUCAGCAUCUCAAAUCGGAUAACUGACCUGGGAAUGUCUCCACACCUGACAGCCAUGCUAGUUGGAGGAGGGCAGCUCUUAGGGCCUGGCAGUAGCACUGGUGACACUGGGUUCAGUUACACUCAAGACUCAGCUACAGACAUCAUGCUACUCGAUAGCUACUCAUCUGACACAGCCCAUUUCACACACUGCAAUGGCUUUAAAAGAAGAAGCUCUGUCACAUUUGAGGACCAAGUGGAACAACCUCGUAAAAGCGACAUACCGACAGUCCAGGUUACUGCCGAUGUCCAUAAGUCUCUGGACAGCUUUGCAUCUUGUCUGGCGAAGGCUAUAGAGAGUGAUGCCAAGCUACAGCUGUUUGGGGAGAGCACAUCAAUUACUAGCAGUUUAUUGAUGGUACGCAACAUUGGAAUACCGAGAGGACCACGAUAUCUAGAUGGACAGAGACUUAGGAUGGAGAGCAUUGAUGAAGGAAUAGUCAAAGAUAAUGAUGAUGAAGAAAAUGUUCAUGAUGAAAUUGUCUGAUUGUUUAAACACUGCACUUUAAGUACAGUAUAGAACACUGUGCACUACACUUCCUUAUUUGGUACAGAGUUUUCUAAUGGUACAUAUCCUUUCAUAAAAAUAUUGCUUAGUGUUUAUGUAUUUGAUAAACAUAGGAACCAUGAACUGGUUAAACCUCAGAUUAAAGGAGACAUGAAACCUGUGCAAACAAAGUUCAAUGUACUGUAAUGGAGAAGCCGUCUUUUUCUUUUGUAGCAAACUAUGGAGAAGUUUGGUUGUUUUGUCUUCAGUUAACUAAGCUGUUUUUUCUACAGGUAGCACUGAAAAUAGGUACAACUGUAGACACUUGCUGUAAUCCACACUUGCAUGUGUCCAUGUGCCUUGCUCCCCCCCUUUCCGCAAGGUAGCCGUAACCACUAUAUUGAGUAAUUGUGCUGUCUGUAGUGAAUAAUUAGGGCUCAGCCUUGUAAUUUAUUUUUAGCAUAAAUGUUAUGCUAAACACAUUUUCCUUUGUAUAACAUUUUGUACGGACAUGGUCUUAAAUCAAAUUAAUCUUGUAUUCAUGUUUUUUUUUUGCAAAAGGUAUCCUAUGGACACUAUGCCGUGAUGUUUUGUAACGUUAAUGUGGUGCAUUAUAACCAGUAUUAUGAGCAGUUGUUUAUAUGCUUGUAUUCAUUCUCCAUCUGUAUGCCUCCUAUGACAUGAUGUCUUUGUUCAAACAGCAUGUGACUCAUUGCAUUAGGACCUUUUCCAGUAGUACUGAAAUGCAAAAAAAAAAACAAAAGGUGUUAUUAGUGCAGUUACACUUAAAUAUGUGCUGCCUUGAGGUCAGGUUCCUUUUUCUACUGCUACUGUAGAAUAAGUGACAAAUGAUAGUUUUCAAUUUAGUCUGAGAAUUCCUGUGGAAUGUUUUAUACCAAAGUCAAUAUUAAGUGUGCUGUAUAUUGUAAUGAAACAUGCUAUAAAAAUAACAAAACACAACUACUGUGAUUUCUUGCAUUGAUUUAUUACAAUUCCAAAUAUGGAUUUUGUUUAAUUAUAUAUAUGUAUAUGUAUAUAUAUAAUUAUUAUUUAAAAGCUACUAUUCCAUUUCCAUAAUAAUCACACCAUAUUCAAUAUCUAAUUAUUCAUAUUCCUUUUAGACCCAUCUAUCUCAACCUCUCAUGAUUUUCAGCAGCUGGUGGCAAAACAAGACAGUUCUUGAAUGGUGUACAAUAACUGGUUUCAAGCAACACUAGGAAUGCAGUGGUGAGGGAGAGCCAUUUUGUAUGAUUCCCUGUAAUCAGUCGCCUUUUAGCAGCACACUCGGACCACCAGCUGCCAAAACGAAUACCAUCUGUCCUAUUAGCUGAGAAACACUUUUAGCAUUGCUUUGCCAUCCAUCACUGAGAAGAACCACUUGAAAAGACAGCAGUGGGCCAAACUAUUCAAUGGUCUUCUUUAAAAACCUACCCACUGACACACCUGACACUCACACUUAACACAAGUGUGCAUCAGCAAAUCCAUAUCUGCAUCUCUUAACAAUGCAGACCUUGUCUUUUGAAACAUUAGGAAGUAUUUGUUUCUAUCAGAGAUGUCUGAAAGAACAAAAUAAAGAAAAAUCUUAAAAAAAAA